AUGGGUUCACAUAAUCACAUGGUAAUUCCAUGUGUCAAUUUAAACUUUAAAGCAUUCCUAUUGAACAAAAUGGUACUUCCAAGGACAAUUUUGCUUGCUGCUGGAGACUUUGUAGGCGUGAGUAAAACUACAGCCUGUAAUAUUGUUCGAACAGUUACUGAAGCUAUAGCUUCUUUAAGACCGUUGUAUAUUAAAAUGCCAGACCAUCAUUGUAGUAUUCAGGAAACUAGAUUGAAAUUUUACAAUAUAGCACGAUUUCCAAGAAUUAUAGGUGCCAUUGAUUGUACUCAUGUCAAACUUCAAUCACCUGGAGGAAAUAUAGCAGAAGUGUAUAGAAAUAGGAAAGGUUAUUUUUCAUUAAAUGUCCAAGUAGUCGGAGGACCUUCACUUGAGAUUCUUGAUAUAGUUGCGAGAUGGCCUGGUUCGAACCAUGACCAAGUCAUAUUUAACAACUCAACAAUACAUUUUAAAUUUGAAACAAACGAAAUGGGAGAUAAUAUUUUAUUAGGUGAUGGAGGUUAUGAGUGUCGUCCAUAUAUACUAGUUCCAUUAAUCUCUCCAAAUACAAAUGCUGAAUUAUUAUACAACGAAUCUCAAAUAAGAACUCGAAAUACAAUAGAACGUUUGUUUGGAGUAUGGAAGAGGAGAUUCCCAGUAUUGUCACUUGGUAUAAGAACAACACCAGAUAGAGCUCAAGCAAUAAUAGUAGCUACAGCCGUACUACAUAAUUUGGCUUCAGUAUUAGGAGAAUCAAUACCUCCAAUAGACCCAAAUAUUAUGAACCAAGAACCUAUACAUGAAGAGUGGAAUGUACCAUUAGCUGUAGAAGAAAGAGGAAAUAAUAAAACAUCUGUUAGAACGAGUUUAAUUAGAGACUAUUUUUGA